AUGGCUUCCAAUCGGUCACAUCGAACUGUCAUGCCUAUUAGCGUGAGAGACGCGGAGGGCCAAGGUCUUAAGACCAAAGGUCAGAGUAAUAAGAAAGCCAUUGUAUCCGCACACUCCAUGGUCUCCCGAAUAACUUAA